UCCCCGGGGGUCCUUUGCAGUGCCCCGGAUCUUGUUUGACAAGUGGACGCGGGAUGACUACCGAAGCUUGUUCCACAGUGAAGACGAGAUCGAGGAGUUGGCAAAGACCUUGGUCCAGGUGGCAAAGAGCAAGCACUUCGACGGCUACGUGCUGGAGGUCUGGAGCCCCUCCUUGCGGGAGCAGCAGAGGGAGCUCCUGCACAUGCUCACUCACGCGGUGGAGGCUUUGCAUCAGGCCCCAGCUGCUGGCCAUCCUGGUGGUCCCGUCUACCAUCGUGCCGGGGAAGGACCAUCUGGGGAUGUUCACGAAAGACGCCUUUGACCACCUGGGCUCCCUGGUGGACGGCUUCAGCCUCAUCACCUACGACUACUCGGCUGCCGAGCCGCCUGGCCCCAACGCCCCCUUGUCCUGGGUGCGAGACUGCAUCGAGAUCCUGGACCCAGACUCCAAGUGGCGGAGUAAGAUCCUGCUGGGCCUCAAUUUCUACGGCAUGGAUUUCUCGGCCACCACAGACUCCAGGGAGCCGAUCCUCCGAGACAGGUACAUCCGAGUCCUCAAAGACCACAAGCCCAGGAUGCUGUGGCACCCCGAGGCCGCCGAGCACUACUUCGAGUACAAGAAGAGCAAAAGCCAAAGGCAUUUCGUCUUCUUCCCGACCCUAAAGUCCAUUCAGCUGCGGCUGGACCUCGCCAGGGAGCUGGGCACCGGCAUCGCCAUCUGGGAGCUGGGCCAAGGCCUGGACUACUUCUACGACCUGCUCUGAGCCGCCUUCGCCCUCCACGGCCCAGGCCGGACCUUCGGGGGUGCCGGGAGUCCUGCGCAGAGCUGCCCCCCCCCCCCCGGGCACCCCUGGGCUUUCCUGGCCCGCCCCGGGCCCCGGCCGGGCUGGCCCCGACACCGAUUAAAGCCCUCUCGAUGCCCGCCUGC